UCCGUUGGAUGAUAUUUCAUAAUUUAUAGAUAUUUAAGUGAAGUGUUAAGUGUUUUUACAUCUAUGAUGAACACCUGCGUAAAGCGGUACUUCUGCCCCAAUAAACCUGUUAAGAGCACGGGAUGUCACUCGACUUUCUAUUAUCCUAAAGGCGGCUCCUACUCGGGUUACUGGCUAAACAACAAGAACCAUGGAUGGGGAGUUAAGACGACUGCGGAACGUGAUUCGAGUUAUUAUGCUGGGAAGAAACAACCUCAUGGACAGCUCAUCUACAAGGGCAUGUGGGUGGAGGGGAAGCGACAUGGCUGUGGUUCAAUGAUACGGAAGCGGGGCACGGAUCUGCAGACGAUCUACUCGGGUGAGUGGAUCGAUGAUAUGAAGUGUGGAGAGGGCAAGAACUUUUAUCCGGAUGGUUGUGUCUACUUUGGACAAUGGCUGAGGAAUCGUCGACAUGGCUUGGGCAUACAAUGGUACGGUAAUGGCAACAUCUAUGUGGGUCAGUGGGAAACCGACUUUAAGCAUGGUCUUGGCGUGCUUUUCUACGCUAAUGGAAAUCGCUAUGAAGGUCACUUUGCACGGGGCUUCAAGAAUGGCGAGGGCGUUUUUUAUCACAUGCACACGGGUCAAAUUCAGAAAGGUAUGUGGGAGAACGAUAACGCCAGGACAUCACUCAUGCAGGAUGAGGUCAAAAUUCGACGUAGCGAUGCAGCUACUCCUUAUCCCAUACCCCCCAACCGUCUCAAGUAUCCUAACGAAAUAAUACACGAUCUCUUCCAAGAGUUCAAGCCGCACGGGGAGAAGCCGCAUCGUCGUUUUAAUGAUAUGGUGAGUCUGGAGUUUGUGCGCCAUCAGCGGCAAUUUGCUUCCUUCGAGGAGCGUCUAGCGACCGCAUCGGGUCUGGAUCUAUAUCCGAAAUCGGAUCUCCCCUGCACCUGUGACUGUAAAAUUUAUUGAUAAUCAGUU